AUGCCGAGGAAGAAGAAGCCCACAGAGGGCCCAGACUCUCGAGGUCAGGCUGGGGAGGAAGAGGAGGAAGAUAAGAGGAACCCAGGCAACGCCAAGAAGAAGCGCAGUUUUGUGGAUGCAUUUAUUGUUAUAUCUGACAGCGAUGGAGAGCAGGAGUCAAAGGAAGAGAGUGGAUUGCAAAAGAAGAAAACAAAACAGCAGCUGGAUAGAACGAAGUUUGCUGCUAAAAGGAAAAUUGCACAGAUGACUGAAGAGGAACAAUUUGCACUGGCCCUGAAAAUGAGUGAGCAAGAAGCCCGACAAGUGAACUGUCAGGAAGAGGAAGAGGAGGAGCUCUUGAGGAAGGCCAUUGCUGAGAGCCUUAAUAGCUGUCAGCCCUCGGACUCCUCUGAUGCAACCCCUCAGUUGUCUGCAGAAGUGCUGGGCGCGCGAGGCCAGAGCCAGCCCCCCGAGAAAGAAGGCUCUGAGAUCCUGGGAGGUCUGGCGCAUUGCCCUGACACCCCUCGCUCCGAGUGCAGCUCCCACUCACGGAGCACCAGAGCUGAUGGGAACGGACAGAUGGAUGUCGCCCGGAGCCCCCUGGUAGUGUUGAGGAGGUUAAGCCAGGAAAUCGUCGAAAGCUCACAAGUAUCCAGCAUAAUCGUGUCUCUGGGGAAGGGCCAGCCUGUGCCUGUGACAAGGUCAAAUGAAAAGCCUUCCUCACCAGCAAAAAGUGAUUCUAGUAACAAGUUGCCCAGCACUCUCGGAGAGGACUUCAUCUCUUUGAGUCCCACCUUUGGCAGGGUGACUUCAGGCUCCUGGCAACUGACACCUCGGAGACUGUUCACAAGCCCCUCCAGCUCUUCUGAAGCAACAGGCCAUGAACCAAAAGAGCAGCCCCUGCCCUGCACUGGCCAUUCUGUGGGAGAAACUGGUUCUGGGAGCUCAGCCAUGCUCUGGAAGAGCUGGACCACGGAACAGGGUGGCAGCCCCGGGAGGAGCGGUGGAGGAGCAGGUACCAAACACACCUCGCAGCCUGGGCAUGCCGCCAGGGUCUGUGUUUCCACAGAGCAAGCAGAGCAGAACGAGGUGCCCGACAGCACCCCUGAGCUUUGUGUGCUGAAUGCAGCAGCAGACAAGCACAAGCAGGAGGAGGCAAGAGACACAGUGCACUAUUAUUGGGGCAUACCCUUCUGCCCCAAAGGGGUGGACCCCAACCAGUACACCAAAGUCAUCUUGUGUCAGCUGGAGGUUUACCAGAAGAGCCUGAAGCAGGCUCAGAGGCAACUAUUGCAUAAGAAGGAGUUUGGUAACCCAGUUGUGCCCAAUUCUUCCUUGAGCCAAAAUGAGCUUGGGAAAGGAGAGCAGAUAAGCAGGGAGAAUGGGGUUGCUGAUGAUACAGAAGAUGGAGACCCAGACGGGCAGAAGGAGUCUGAGAGCAUCACCUGGCUCCUUCCUUCGAAGAGGAGGGAGGCAGAGAGUCCAGGGAACAGCAUGGAAGAAGAUAAGAACUCCACUUCCGAUGAUGAACCAACCACGAGCUACUGCCAGGCCUCCCAGGUGCUGCCUGCAGAGGAUGUGCCUGAAGAUGGGGAGCCCAUGCAAAUUGCACAGAGCAUCUCUGUGUUGACCCCACUUGGCAGUAAAAGGAGCCCAGAUACUGCUACAGAAAACUCUGCUGAAGAGGAGAUCUCUGUUUGCCCAGAGACCCAGCCGAGUCCACUGGAAGCUAUUGAGGCGGAGAGAGAAGAGCUCUGCUCGGGCAGCAGAGAUGCGCCUAUGCAGGCUGGUGGAGAUGGAGAUGCUGGCAGGACUGUGUCUGAGCGCAGUCCUACAACUGCUGACUGUGUGUCUUGCCCACUGUGUGACCAAGGCUUUCCAGCUACGGAGAUUGAGCUCCAUGCCAUGUACUGCAACGGCAUCGUGGGAGAGGAGGCUGGCAAGGACAGUCCAGUGCUCACCCGGCGUCAGAGAGAGGCAAGAAAUAAAGCUGCCAGUGGUGAAAGCGGCCCAACACCCUUAGACAUUGACAAGUGUGAGAAGUGCUACCUCUGUAAGUCACUGGUGCCACUGCUGCAGUAUCAGAGGCAUGUGGACAGCUGCCUUCAGGCUGCUAGGCAAGCUCAGGGAACCAGGAGGCUGCGAAGCGCCAAGGACGUUGGAAGGCAGGAGAGGGGACUCCUCAGGAUGUUGGAGCUCUCGGAGAGCAAGUCUGCAGGUGCUGAUGCGGGGACCCACCUCGCAGGACUAGGAGACCAACAGUCCCCUCCAACACUCUCAGCCAGAGCCGGGGGCCUGGUGGCAGACAGCCCCACCUCCCUUCGGCACCUUCCUUUGGACAUCUCCCCUGCGAAACCCGCUGUCUCCUUCUUGGAAGCCACGGACUGUGCGGGGGGCUUUGAGCCGCACCCGCACGCGGCUCUUGGCUCGGGCAGCCAGCAGCAAACCCAAGGCUGCUGCCGGAGAAAGCGCAAGUUCUGA